UAGACAUAUUACUUUAAUCACAGCUUCAGACAUCACAGACAUCAACAACAUUUCUAUGAUAUCUAUGGCAAAUGUAAACGAGACAGCUUGUACAACAUUUACAAGGCUCGAGGAUCCCACGGAGAAUUUAGAUGUUACAAAGGCACCUGAUGACUUGUUCCUAGAUGGCUGCAAGAUAUAUCUUAGUGGAUUUAGAGGGGCUACAUUAGAAAAACUGAGAAAAAUCAUCAACAGUGGUGGUGGAACGAGGUUUAACCAGAUAACAGAUAAUCUAACUCAUGUGAUAAUUGGUGAGAAAAUUACUAGUGAUAUAGAGAUGAUAAAAUCAAUGACUAACAGACCUCAUACUGUGACAUCUCAGUGGUUAGUGGAAUGUUUUAAACAGGGAAAGCUUUUGGAGGAGGCACAUUAUAACAGUCCUGAGAUUGUCAAACCCGAUCCGAAAACACCGGAAAUGAAAGGUGGACGUAGGAAAUCGCGAGCCCCCCAGGAAGAGUCACGACAGAAUAACUCAAAGGAUGAUGGGAGGGACGAUGAUGAUAUGCAUGAUAUAAUGAGUCAGUACCUGGAGAACCAGCAACCUAAUACUACAGGAGAUGCAGCGAGAUCAAAUGAAACAACAAUGGCUCCAGAUGAGGAUAUGACACAAGAUCCUAAUAGUACAGCAGUAAAUGAAGGAGGAAUAUUUGGUGGGAAGAGUUUUGUGUUUUAUGGUUUCAAUGAUGAUGGUAUUCCAGUACUGUCUUCUUUCAUCAAGGAAAAUGGAGGUACUGUUUUACAGAGCAAUGCACGAAGAAUACCAGAUUAUGCCAUUGUACCAAUUGAUGGUUUCCCAGUUGACAGGACAGUUAAAGAUAUAGCCACAAAUGCUUGGCUGCAAAUGUGUAUAGAACAAAACGUUCUGCUAGACAUACACAAGAAUCCAUUGUUUUCACCUAUAGAACUGGAUGUUGAGGCAUUACCUCUGAAGAAUUGUGUGCUCUCUGUCAGUGGUUAUUUGGGUACAGAGAGAGAUUGUCUGGUCAGCAUAGCAGAUGUGCUGGGGGCAAAGACACAGGAUUAUUUUGUACGUCAAACAAAGAAUGAUUUACUACCCAGCACACAUCUUAUUGUAAAUGCUCCAGAGGGGUCAAAAUAUCAGGCUGCUAAAAAGUGGGGUAUUCCUGCAGUCUCUAAAUUGUGGGUUCUUGCUUGUGCUAAAACAGGGAAGAAAGAAGAAGAAGAGAAGUUUUUAAUAGAUACAUUACCUGAUGAUAAUAUAAAUAUAAACACAUUAAUAGACAACCAGUCUGAUGAGAGGGAACAAAUCAAAUCUGGGAACCAGUCAAAGUCUUCAACUAAGUCUCGACAUAGUGAGAUAUCAAAUAAGAGUAGUGCUGAACCAAAUGAUAAGGAAAGUGAUGAAAAUAGGAGUAAUGAGGCCGAAAAUAAUCAAAAUAACCAGUCUAGAAAAAGAAGUUCCGGGAAUGAAACCAGUCUAAGGGAUUUCUCCACUAUGGGAGACACCGAAGCUAUCCUAGCAGGUUUAAAUACUCAAGGUGAACAAGAAACUGUUUGUGAUAAAAGUAAAGCUGUUAAUAUAGACCCUGAUGAAACUGUUGGCCCUGAUAACAAUGUUUCUAAAGGGAAUGAUUCUGUUACAGAACAAUCAAAGAGCAAUGUGAUACAUACUGAAAAAGAUAUUGUUCCUAUUGAAAUAGAUGAAGAUGAAAAUGAACAUGAUGAAGACCAAGCUGUGAACAAUGUGGACAAUGAUGAUGAUGAAGUAAUUAUUGUAAAUAAAAAUCUUGAAGGUGCUAAACAAGAAACAAAGAAGCCAGAAACUCCACCCUUGACAAGAUUUAGAAGAAAUCUUGAGAAGAAUCCAUUUGAGAUUGGAACACCUGCACUAGCUAAACAAAGUGUACGUGAUAAGUUGUUAGGUGGAGUAAACAUGCAGCGUGAUUAUGAUGUUUCCAUGGAAACACCACCUUUAACUAGAUUUGUAAGGAAGUUAGACAAAGAGCCUGCUAAAGUUGGAACCCCAUCACUAUCAGAACUAAGUGUCCGGGAGCGACUGAUGGGGAAAGGUUAUCAGAGUGCUAGAACAAUUGAAAGAAAGAAGAAACAAGAUGAACAAAGACAGAGUCAGAAAGAAAACUUUGAAACCCCAGCACAACAGAGUAGAGUUCAGGAGCUUCAAGGGAAGGAAGGGGCUGUUCUAGAUAAAGAUACACCAAGUAAAUUUCUCAACCCAAAUGUCCGAUACAUUCCUAAAUUUGAUACGGAGGAGUUACUGAAGUCAUUAGAGACCCCAGAAGCUGAGCGGACUGCCAAAUCUAAAAAUAGAAAGGACAGUCUUGAUGAUGAUGAACUUUAUGAAUUAGCUAUGAGUAAGGCAACUAAGAACCUAGCAGAGUUGAGAGAAGCUCGACUACAGGGAAAUUUUCCAGCAUCCCAGAAUGCUUGUGAUGAACCUGAUGGUGACUUUGAGGAAUCAUCUACAGUACUUAGAGGUGUUGUCAUAUCAGUGGGUAAGAAACUGACAAAAGACCAGACAGAGUUAAACGAUCUUGUAGAGUCACUGGGCGGUGACUACCGCUGGAAUUAUGACAAAUCCUGCACACAUUUCAUUUUCCAGGGUCGUCAAAAUGAUACAUCUAGAGAAUUCAAGCAUGCGAAGGCUAGUGGGAUGAAAAUAGUGUCUCCACAUUGGCUUUACAUGUGUAAAGAACAGAAUGCCAAAGUUGAUGAGACUUUAUUUCCACAUACAUUCAACCCAAAUCUUUCUCUGUCUGUUGUAUCAACACGAAGAACACCGAUGAGAACACCACGUAGUAGUAGAAGAGUAGCAAACACAAAAACAGAGGUGGCGCCACCAGCUAAACAGUCAAUAGUUAUACAGGGUGAUGAUGAGGGAGAAAAUGUCAAAAAGGGACCAGUUAAAGCAUUAGCUGAUAUACCAAAAAUAACAUUAGAAAAAGAUCUUAAAAGUCCAGAAAAUAAAAGCUCUUCAGAGGAAGAUAAAAAGGAAGACAAUGUGGCAGAAGCAGGUGGCUCGCUGGAGAUGAGAGAAGUGCUCUCAAAACAGCUGGAAGAUGUCAUGUCCAAGGGAAAGAAAAGAAGAAAAAGCAAGAAACUAAAUUGUAGUGGUCAGGUUGGAACCCCAGAGGACCAGUCCGGUUCCAAGCGAAGAACACAAGAGAAUAUACAGAGGAAUUCAAGUAGUAGAAGUUUAAGAAGCAUGGCUGAUGAAGCUGAAGAAGAAAAAAAUGCAGCUGAAGUGGCGCCGUCACAGUCCGUGCAUGUCAGUUGGGAUGAUCCAAUGAGCAGACUGGAGCAAGCAAAAUUGGCUCAUAAGUUGGAGCGUGCCAACAGUCCGACACAGGAAGUUGGUGGCAUGUACGGCAUGGAUGACGAGGAUGCCCAGUACUCGGAAUCUGACAAUGAGACAGAAGUUCCUGUACCUCCGUUUGGAGAGCAACAACUUAUUCAAGAGAAUACCACACCAAGACCUGUUGGCAACAGUGGAAGGAAGAAGACCCCUACACCAGAAGGGCCAUCAAUUGCUUUCCCAACUUCAAACAAGUCUAGCAAGGUAACACCACCAAAGGCUGUUGAAUUAGAGCAACAAGAAGUAGAAGUUGUACAGAAACCCCCACCUGUGUUCAUGCUAUCUGGAAUGUUAGGACCUGAACGUGAUGAUUAUGGUGCCCUUAUAGAACAAUUGGGAGGAACUGUGUUAGAUACGGGCAUGUUUGAUGAUAAAUGUACACAUCUUGUGAUCACUCGGGUGUCGAGAAAUGAGAAAUUUCUAGCUAGUAUAGCAUCAGGAAAGUGGGUGUUGCACAAAUCUUACUUUGAAGCCUGUAGACAAGAGCAGAGAUUUGUUGAUGAGGAUUUCUAUGAGUGGGGGAGUGAGGGUACACUAAGUCUAGUAAAGAAUAUGGAAUCAAAUGUAAGAAUGUUGGCAGCUGCUGCUAGAGACUGGAGGAUUAAGAUACAGGAGGAGAAACGUAAAUCACCAUCUCAUUACGGUGCAUUUUGCUCAUGGCGUGUUCUGUUGAACUGUGAUAGAACAAAGGAGAGUAACUAUAAACGACUUCUAGUGGCAGGGGGCGCCACUGUGUUAAAUACAAAACCUCCGUAUACUGGUAGAAUAGAUGCUACUCAUGCACUACUUGACUUUAAUAAAGCUCAGUUACAGCAAGAAGACAUGGAAAAGUUGAUCGCUAGUGACUGUCUGUGUUUAAAAGUGGACUAUAUUAGUGGAUUUUUGUGUAACCCGAACGUAGACAUCACUGAUUAUAUACCAGUUGAAAUUGCAGCGUUACAAACAGCAAUGUCAGAUGUUAGCGAAAGUACCGGCAAGAAAAGAAAGGCUUCAAGUAGUGGUAACCCAGUGAAAAGAAGUAAAAGGAAAUAACACCAUCUCGUGAAUUAAGUUGUUUAAUGUCAGUGAAAUAGUAGCCAAAUUGAACAAUAAUUUUAUAUGCAGCUAUUCUAAAAGUGACCUUAUUUGUAAGAAAAUUUGUUAUGACUGUGUCGAAAAAAAACAACGCCAGAAUUAACAAGUUUUGAAAAAGAU